CACUUCAUCUUUUUGUGAACCUCUUAUACUUUUGUCAGACCAAAGGCGAGGGGCUUCGGGUCCUUAGCUUGGUUUUCUUUCCUCUUUUCUCCCUUCAAAUCUUCCAUUUUUCCCUUUAAAAUUUAUUCAUGUACAUAUAAUACACACAUUACUCAUCAAGAUUUUAAUCUGGGAAUUCAGUUGAGAAAGAAAGUGGUGCUUGUAAAUUUCUAGCUGUUGGUUAUUGGAUUUUGAAGGUGUUUCCCUGAUACUGAAUUAAGGUUUAUCUGGUUUAAAUACGACUGGGUUUACAAUAUUUCUUAAUUAAAAAACACUUUCUUAAGGAGUUCAAAGGCGUUUUAUCUGAAAAUGCCUUCAUCAGCUAAUCAAAGUUCUUUGUCUUUUGCUUCUUUUCGUCGCCCAAUUUUGGGUAUUAGAGACAAUCAUAUUCACUCCAUGGAAGCAAUCCAUGAUUCUAGUGCUCAUGAGGUGGAUUCAUUUCAGAGACAUGUUUUCUUCUUGUUCAAGGAUCUGUCAGCAGUUAGUCCUGAGGAACUUCUCUCCAUAUCAUGGAUUCAGAAGCUUUUAGAUGCAUUCAUUAGCUGUCAGGAGGAGUUUAAGGUUAUAUUGGCAAACAACAAAGCUCAGCUCUCAAAGCCACCAGCUGAUAGGCUUGUUACUGAAUUCUUUGACAGGGCAAUUAAGGCACUAGAUAUUUGCAAUGCAAGUCGUGAUGGUAUUGAGAAGAUUCGACUAUGGCAGAAGCAUUUAGAUAUCAUUACAUGUGCUUUGGAUGAUCGACAAAGGAUGACAGGUGAAGGUCAAUUUCGUCGAGCAAGAAAAGCCUUGAUGGAUUUAGCACUUGUGAUGCUAGAUGAGAAAGAUACAGGAGGUAUUUUUUCAAAUCGAAAUCGGUCGUUUGGACGCCAUAAGGUUAAGGAUCACCGUCAUCGUUCAUCAGGGCACUCAAGAUCACUAUCUUGGAGUGUGUCUCAUUCUUGGUCUGCAUCGAAGCAACUCCAGUCAAUUGCAAACAAUUUGGCUCUGCCCCGUGGAAAUGAACUUGCAGCUACUAAUGGUUUGGCAAUGAUAAUCUAUACUAUGAGCUUUGUUCUUAUGUUCAUUUUAUGGGCUCUUGUCGCAGUAAUCCCUUGUCAAGACCGUAGUAUCCAAAUUCCUUUUGCAAUCCCCCGACAAUUCUCAUGGAGUGCACCUUUUUUCUUGCUUCAUGGUCGGAUUAUGGACGAGUCUAAGAAACGAGAACACCGAAAUUCUAGUGGAUUAUUGAAGGAAAUUUGUCAAAUAGAGAAGUGUGUGCAUCAGAUAACAGACUUGGUUGAUUCUGCUCAGUUCCCACUGAGAGAGGAACAGAAGGAAGACCUGAAAGAGUAUGCAAGCGAGUUAUCAUUAGUUUGUGAAGUUUGUAAGAGUGAAUUGGAUCCACUUGAACGCCAAUUAAGGGAGGUAUUUCGGAAGAUUAUGAGUUGCCGUACGGAGGGUCUCGAGUUCUUAGGCAAGACAACCCAACCGUAGUAUGUUGAGCCUUGAUCUGUGUGAGAUGAAGUGCAAUUGAAAACGCAUUAUAAUCUUAGUUUACACCAGCAUAUUUCAAGGGAAGAAGUCAGAUUGUGACCUACAAGAAUAAUUUUAGCAGGUAGGUUUUUGUACUUGUCAAUAUACGUUUUGUAAAACAAAAAUACGUAUUAUCCAUGUUCUGUCAUCCUGUAUCACGGCUUUCUCAUCAGAUUCGCUCUCAUUUGCAAUUUUUUAUAUGAUGUGUUCAUCUGGUAUUGAUUUCAAAGGGUAUGGUACUUUUUGUAAACUUUUGCUGGUUAUAUGCAUUCUUCAAGACAUUUGUUUGGUUAA